GACACAUGCACACAAAUCCGAUCCAUAUCUGAUUUAAAACCACAUACGAAAGGGGCCUGUAUCCGAUCUGAGGAGAUCGGAAUUCAUGUGUUUUUUUUCUGUUUACACUGUCGUGGCACAGAUCGGAUACGUGCCACAUGAGAGCAAAAAAUCGGAUUUGGGUCACUUCAAACUGGCAGUGUAAACGCAGCCUUAGUUACUGAGAAUCGCUGGGAGCCUAUCGAGUUAGGCAUAUAAGACAAUAGCGUGUUCUGACAUCUCAGUGCUUUGGAGCCCAAGACGAAGUAUACGCUAUCUUAUAUUCUCCCACCGCUCACCAUUCAUGCUCAGUGCUUUGGAGCCCAAGACGAAGUAUACGCUAUCUUAUAUUCUCCCACCGCUCACCAUUCAUGCUCAGGUUCUGAAAAGGGUCCUUGAAGAAGACUAACAGUAUAUUGGAAAUCAGGAUGACCUCCUAGCAACUGUUUGGAUUAUUGUGUUCUACAGAAUGGAGGAUAUAAUAAAGUUGCCCAUUGAGAAAUGGACAGAGGACCAAGUGAGCUCCUGGCUACGUGACAUCGGAGUAAAAGAGAAGUAUGUUAGCAAGCUCUGUGAUGAGGAAGUGGAUGGACCUGUCCUCCGGGACAUAACUGAAGACUAUCUUGUAAAGAAAACAGGAAUGAAAUCAGGCCAAGUUUUUUUGAUCCUCAACAACAGAGACCAGCUCAUACAACCAAUUAAAAAAACACAAAAGGUAAAAGGAAAACAGCAACAACCCACAAAAAAAGGAAUCUCAGGGGGUCCAAAGGAUGAAGACAAGCCAAAAAUGGGAAAAGAGACAGAAAACCCAUCUAUGGUUUGCAAAAAGAUCUUAGGCGGUCAGAAAGAUGUAGAAACACCAAUACAGCAACAUCCCAUCAUUGCUAAUAAAACCACAGGAAUCCAGAAAGCUGCAGAAGAACCACAACCUGACCAAACACCUCCCGAGGAGGACAAAACAAAUCCUGUAAAGGAGACCGUGGUCGUGCCACUCACAAAGAGGGACUGCAAACCCAGACCGUUCGGGAAAGAGGGCAUUAAUUUCACAUAUAUCAGUUCCAAUAUCCUUCAGCCUGAAACGGGCAUUUCUGAUCUUAUUUCACCCUGUCAUGAGUACAAGUCAUUUGCCGUUGCUGUAAAACAAAACCACACUAGAUUACAGGCAAAGUUUGCUUAUGAAACCCUCAGAUUUGCUUCUGGUUGCAUGAACAUCAGAUCUAAUGGCACAAUCCAUUUUGGAGUUAUGGAUAGUAGGGAGGACACAGGCUAUGUCCAUGGUGAAAUUAUUGGCAUACCAGUGCUAGAGAGAGACAUGUAUGUCGAUGCUCUAGAUUACAUAGAGAGAUGUUACUCUCGUUAUUCUGAAGAUGUACGGAAGUGCAUACGUCCGCCAGAGUUCAUUGAGGUGACUGACGUACAUACAGGUGAGAAUAGGUGUGUUGUGGAAGUUGACAUUGUACCUUUACUAAACAUUGUGAAGAGCAAAGUGUAUACUGUUCGCCUGCCAAAGUUUAAUGAGAGCACCAACAAGGUCGUGCUUGAGAAGGAGGCUGUCUAUUGUAGAGUGGGUGCUUCAACCAAGCCAGUGGAAGACCGAGAUGAGUUUUACCAGCGGGUCUCUACUCGGGAUGCACAAAGAGAGGCUGCAGAGAACCAUCAGUGUGUCACCAUGCCAGAAGCCUGCCCAGAUCUGGGGAGGAAACUCACAAUGCUUAUUACAGAUGGGAACAAAUAUAUUGAAAAGGGCAAAUGGUUCAUCCUGGUUACAAACAAAUUCCACAGUGAACAUUUGAGCAGCAUUGACUUUUUGCUGAAUAUGAGGAUCCUCUCUGUCUUUGAUUUUGAUCCUGAUUCCAAUUUGUCUGGACUCUGUCAGGAAUACCUGAAACAUCAUGCUGCAAACUUGCAGUUCAUGCACAACUACAAAACAUCAAGUAGUUUGACCUUUGAAGAACUUGAAAAGAAAAUGCAUUUCUUUCAACAAACUAACUGGAUCUUCUGCAAUGGUCGCAAUGAUUUCAAAGGAGCGGAACCGUGUGAUGACAAGACCUGGUUCACAACUAAAAGGACUCAACUCAAAGAAUGUGUGUCACUGAUCUGCAAACAGAUCCUGCCCAAAGGUACCUUCACAUUGAUCUUCCUUCUUACUUCUCCAGUCGAGCAACCUCUCCUGCACACCUACAGUGAAUUCUUCUCUGACAUGGGGAGUCAUAAAGACAUCAUUUGCAUUUCAGAAUCUGGGGAUAACUUUGAAAAAUGGCAGAGUUUUGCAGUGGGGAGUUUUUGUGAUGAACGCACAGUGAACCGUUAUAGUGUUGUCGAUAUUAAAAUGAGCCAUGUUAAUGCAACACUUCAGCGUAUUCAGUCUGUGGCUCCUCAAACCAAGCGUCUACCCACUUAUUCAAAGUUAGAGUGUCUCCUUAAGAAUCUAGAGGAGGAGAAGAUGUAUUCACUAGAAAUUCUCUAUAUGGACCACUGUGAUGAAACUAGAAGAGACGUCAUUGAAGCUGAAAAAGAAAACAUUGAACAGGACUUCUACCAUGGCGGAAAAGUGAGCUGGAUGAAUUUCUGGCUGGCAGAGAAGAGGCAUGUUUCGGAGGUCAUUGAAAGGGAUGCUUUCCACGAAAUCUCAAAAAUCCUCAGUGGCUGCCUUAAUAACAGCGCAGAUCAAUUGCAUGUUCACAGCCUCAACAUAUUUCAUCACCCAGGCAGCGGGGGCAGCACUGUUGCCCGACAAGUCCUGUGGAAAAACCGGGAAAAGCUCAGAUGUGCAGUUGUGAAACCAUCAUGUACUGCUGUCAUAGCAGCUGAACAUGCAUGUCGCCUUCGAACAUAUGAGGAAAAUGACAUCCAAAAAUGUGUGCCAGUCCUUUUGCUUGCAGAAGACUGCGAUGAUGAUUUUUUAGGUGACUUAAAGAAUGAGCUGGAGAAUGCUACCAGACAAAUUGCACAAGGAACACUGUGCUUCAUUGUCCUUAGCUGUAGACGAUCCUUUGAUGGAGCAAAAAAGUGUAAGGAGGAACCAUUUUACAAUGUGCAGGUGACUCUCAAGCUAUCAGAUGUAGAAAAGGAGCAAUUUGCUAGUAUACUGGAGAAGCUUAAACAAAUAUACGAGCCAGAAUUCAUCUUGACAUUUGUUCUGAUGAGCAAUGGAUUUCAAGAAAAGGAGAUUUCUAGUUAUGUGGGAAAUUUUGUGAAUCAUUUGCUUCAGGACCUUGACCAUGACCAUCUUGUCACUCAUCUCUUCCUUUAUGUGGCACUGCUGAACACUUAUGUGCAGGACUCUUUCCUCUCCCGGUCCCAUUGUGAAGCUCGAUUUAUUCGUUCUACACAGCUGGAAAAGUUCCAGUUACUCCAAGGUGAUGUUACGGAAGAAUUUCACCAGCAUGCUUUUGAGGAAGCAUUAACUAAGCAGGGAAGACUGGUUUUUAUACACCAGAGAGAUCAAAUGACAAACAUUAAAUCCAUCAGAAUCAUUCACCCCUUAGUUGCAAAAGAAAUACUGCGGCAGCUCUUACGUCAGAAGCAGGAGAGUGAAUUGGCUCUGGAACUUCUCCAUGAUGAUGUCUUGUUUGAGCACAGGUUUGGGAGGGGAGACUAUGUGAAGUUUCUGCGAGACUUGUUCAUGAGGCGUGACAGGAUCAGCAAAGGAGCCGAAGAGGACAGUUUCUUCUCCCCCCUUAUUGAGCAUGUGAGAGAUACAGAAAGUUUCGAGACGGCAAUUAUUCUCCUCGAAGAGGCAUACAAGCGUUUUGACAAGGAUCCUCUAUUUGCUCAACAAUUGGCUCGCCUGAAUUACAGUCAGGAGAAAUUUGAAGAGGCAGAAUGUUGGGCUGAACUAGCUGCCGAGAAAUUGCCAAACAACCCAUUUAUUUUACACACCAAAGGCCAUGUGUACAGGAAAUGGUUCUACAAAAAGGUGUCAGUCCUAAAGAAAGAGAAUAAAACAGGAGAAAGAAUAGCAGAUGCGGUCAGAACUGCUAUCAAAGCCAUGGAUAGCUUUCAGGAGUGUCAGAGAGCAUCUAUUAAAGAUGCUGAAACUAUGAACAUUGCAGGAUUUUUUGCAGCAGCUGAAGUGGGAUGUCGCUUAUUGCAGCUAUUUUUCACUUCAUCUGUGUUCCCUAACCGAACAGAAUGUGUGAAAUAUUUGCUCACUGACCACAUUCCUGAUGAGGUGAAGAGGCCAUGGGAGGAUUUUCACAGCAAGCUUAAAGAUCUCCAUAUCAUCAUUCAGACAUCUCUGGAGUGGAUAUCAGAGGACCUAAGCUAUUUUCAGACAGACCCAAGUGCAGAUGAGGAGGAGACUGAGGAUCAAAUAAAGCACCCUAAGAAGUGGUUGGUGGCAAAGUCCAUAGAGUUUGGGGAAUAUUUCAAAGUACACAAUGCUGGAAUGUCUGGAUCAGACAUUCCAACCCCUGCCAUGACACGCAUGAAAAUACGCCAGCUGGGUGGUGGACACAUGACCAACAUCUUCUCCAUUUUGACUGAUUCCAAAAAAAAAGAUAAGGUCAAAGUUCUGGAGGACCUCAUAUAUUUCUACAAACUACUGAAGGAAAAUAUGAAUAAAAUGGAUCUUGUCAACUACAUAGCAUCUCACAUAACUCUUAGCUGUCUCUCAACUCAUUCUAAAGCACUGGCCUCUCUUAAAGAGCUUCAAGAUCUCAGCCAGAAGUUUCCCAAGGACAAACGGAAAUGUCAACCGAAUGCUCUCUUCUUACUCACACUCCUGUUUUGGCCCGAAGACCAUGACAGUGAAGAAGACAAGGAGAGAAAAUAUGAAUCUGUGCUGUCUGCCGUCAAAGCUCUUUCAACCAGCUACUUUGACAAACUGAAGGACAUUCCUCCAAGAAAAAGAAGAAUUUACACACAUUUUUUCUUGGGCAAUGGAAAUGGAUUGGGGAAGAUUGUUCACAAGAGCAAAGUAGAAGCAAUCACAAAACCCCUGCCAGUUUCAGAGAAGAGAAUGAGGUGGUACCAUGGAGAUGUGUGGAAGAUGGCAGAAACGGGCAAACUGUUGAGACUGGUUUCUGGCAGGACAGCAGAUGGAAAUGUCUAUCUGGAAGGCCCACAAAAGCUUGAAUUCAUGGUACCUGCCCUGAAAACAACAUCUGUGCCCUAUAGCAAUGAAAAUGUCACAUUCUACUUGGGCUUCACGAUGAGAGGCCCUAUGGCAUACAAUGUCACUAUUAAGAAUAAGUGAUGAUCUAAUGGGACCUGUGCUCUCAUACAAAGAAAUGACAAGAAAUGUGCAUGUUUCAUAUUCUACUGAAGUCAAUCGAUAAAUAACCGUUGACAUUUUUCAUAAAUCUUUUUGUGAUCUUGUGGGGCUCUAUAUCUUUUGACAAGGCAAGCAGGUUAUACAAUUUUGUAUAUUGUCAAGUAAUCAAAUGCAUUUAGCACUAAUAUGUCUGUUUUGAUACACUGAUACAUUUUUCUGCCUUUUGAAUUAUCAUAUUAUGCGUUAUAUAGACAGAACAAUUGACACUUUAUUGCUCAGAUGAGUCUUCAUUGGGACUGCCACCUACCAUUUGGAAGGUUCUUGCAAAAGGUGCAUUGCACUAUAAUGCAGAAAACUCAGCCUAUAUCUCAGCUAUUGUUACUGUACAUGCUUGGCUUCCUUUGAAUGUGAUUUAUUGUUUUAAUUUUGAAUUGUGAAAUAUCAAAUUAUGACAAAUAUUGAUAUUGUUUUCAUUAUUAUCCAGUCAGUAAAUCCUAUGUAAUUAUCUGAAACACAACCACUAAAACUAUAUUCAAUUGCU